AUGAUUCGCAUCAGCACAGUGGCGGUUCUAGGAUUUUUCGGAAACGGGGGCCUAGAGGGGGCCACAUUCAUGCUGCUGAAACCUGGACAUGACUUCAGGGCUGCCAUUUUAGGAAGCGUGGUUGACAGGAGGACCGUUAAUGUCCCGCGGCGCCUGCUCGGCCGCCGCCCCGCCCACUCCGAUGGCCGGGAGUUGACGCCGCCCACCGCCGCGAUGCUGCGCGAGCGGCUGAGGGAGAAGAUCUCGGCGGCUUUCUACCGCCACGGACUGUUGUGCGCAACCUACCCGGUGCCCAUCAUCCUCUUCACCUCAGUCAGCAUCCUCACCUGCUGCUAUCCGCUACUUAGGCUUCCCCUGCCCGGGACGGGUCCCGUAGAGUUCAGCACCAAUGUGCGAGACUACAGUGUUCCCAGCCACGAACUUGAUGGAGACCUUGGAGAACAGCCUGACUGGUACCAGGGACCGCCGGUGGCCUACAUUCAGCAAGUGUUGGUGAAGGCGGCGGUGUCGCCGUGGGACAGCAGCCUGGUGCCGGUGGACGUGUUUCGCUCGCCGCUGGGGCGAGUCUUCGCCCUGCUGGACGACAUCCGCAACCACGUCCACGGCGACAGCGGGUCUGGGCUUCGCAGUCUGGAGUCGCUGUGUUUGAGGGUGGCGGACCUGUUGCCGAGUUUGCGGCGAAUGCGGUCGGUGCUGCCGGAGCACGGAUGCCUGCUGGUGUCGCCCGGCAACUAUUGGAAGAACCAACGCGAGCUCUUCGACGCCGAUCCCGACCCGUUAAAGAGCAUCCAGAAGCACGAGCCUAAAGGACUGCACACUUCGGCGACGCUCAGAGACCUGUUGUUUGGAGUUCCAGGAAAGCUCACGGGUGUGAGUCACUACAAUAAGAAGAGGGUAGUGACGUACACUAUCAGCAUGGUGCUUUCCAGCUACGACGCAAGGUUCCUGGGAAGCCUCCGCGCUCGUCUGAAGCAGCUACACCCAUCCACCAACUGCAGCCUGAAGAACGAGCGCAUGGUCCACGUGCACUUCAAGGAGGAGAUCGGCGUGGCCGAGCUCAUCCCGCUGGUCACCACGUACAUCAUCCUCUUCGCUUACAUCUACUUCUCCACACGUAAGAUCGACAUGGUGAAAUCCAAAUGGGGUCUGGCUCUGGCCGCCGUAGUCACCGUACUGAGCUCGCUGCUCAUGUCCGUCGGCCUGUGCACGCUUUUUGGCCUCACGCCCACUCUGAACGGAGGGGAGAUCUUUCCGUACCUGGUGGUCGUGAUUGGUGUGGAGAAUGUCCUGGUCCUCACUCAAUCUGUGGUGUCUACGCCUGUAGAUCUGGAGGUUAAGAUCCGUAUUGCUCAGGGCUUGAGUAACGAGAGCUGGUCCAUCAUGAAGAACAUGGCCACCGAGCUGUGCAUCAUCCUCAUUGGCUACUUCACGCUUGUGCCGGCCAUCCAGGAGUUCUGUCUAUUCGCCGUGGUGGGCCUAGUGUCAGACUUCUUCCUGCAGAUGUUCUUCUUCACCACCGUGCUGUCCAUAGACAUCCGCCGCAUGGAGCUGGUGGACCUCCACGGACACAUGCGGACUGAGGAGAGUCUAGCCACAACCAAGCCCCCUCCUAUGCGCACUCGGACCCCGCGACCUCCUCCGCGGCCCCUUCCUCACACCAUCACCCUGCAGACCCCUGCGAGGAACCUGAGACCCCCCAAGAGGCUCCGGCUUGUCUACUUCCUGGCUCGUACGCGCCUGGCUCAACGAAUAAUUAUGGUCAGCACAGUGAUCUGGAUUGGCAUUCUGGUCUACACCGACCCGGCCGGAGUGCGCACCUAUCUCGCCGCGCAGGUGUCGGAGCAAAGUCCCCUGGGAGAGGAUGGGGGUGGAGGCUUGAACCCUCACCUGGAAGUGGGGCCCGUCAUCCGCGGAGGAGACCCAACCAGCACCCUCACAGACCGCUUAACUCCGGACCCGACGCCUCUACCUGACAGCCAAGCACAGGGACCCCCCGGCGCUAAAGCUAAACCCCAGUCCCCACCGGCAGUACCCCAAAUCACCUGGGGGCCAGAAGACGAGGAAGGAUGGAGGCGUCUCUCCUUCAGACACUGGCCUUCACUCUUCAGCUACUACAACAUCACUUUAGCCAAGAAGUACAUCAGCAUUUUGCCCGUGAUUCCCGUCACCAUUCACCUGAGCCCCCAGGAAGCCAUCGAUGGGCGCCACCCUCAGGACACCAAGUUUACUUUUCCUCCCAUUCCCAAGGUGGCGGCAGAUCUCCAGACGGACUUGACGCUCUAUAAGGUGGCCGCUCUGGGCCUGGCGGCCGGCGUCCUGCUGGUCCUGCUUCUCCUGUGUCUCUAUCGACUUCUUUGCUCGCGGAACUACGGCCAGAACCCCGGGCGUCGGCGCCGAGUGGAUCGGCCGUGCGACGGCUACGGAUACUUUCCGCCCGUCAGCGAGAUCUCGCCUCUCUUGCUGCGGGGCCACGGCAUGGACAUCGAAUGUCUGGCGAGUGACGGAAUGCUGCUGGCCAGCUGCUGCCUGGCCGGACAGAUUCGGGUUUGGGACGCUCAAACGGGAGAUUGCCUGACCGUCAUCCCCAAGCACGGGCCGAGGCGGGGCAGUGUUCGCCGGGUAAACUCUGGCUCCGAGGAUCCCGACGCCUUUCUGAGCGGCGACAGCCCGUCCGAGGAAGAAGACAACCAAAUGAGGCGCCGCCCCGCCCGCCGGCCUCUCUUCAAAGACCAACCGGACCUAACAUCCCUCAUCGAUACAAACUUCACCUCCGCGCAGUCCUGCGCACGGGAUGCCCGGCCCACCCGGGAGGGUUUCGACUUCGGCGACGGGGUAGCCCACGCCUACACGGUGCACAAACCACCCUCGCCGUCAAGUAUCUUCUCUCCCUCGCCUCCUCCGCCCGCUAGCGCGCCGCCCCGAACCCAGCCCGGCUUCGGGGACGAGUGUGAGGCGGUGCCCCCCGAUUUGGACGCGGGUUCGGUGUGGGCGCUGGAGCUCAGAGGGAACCUCAUCGUCGCCGGGCGGAGCAACGGAAAACUGGAGCUUUGGGACGCCUUGGAAGGCCGAUUGCGAUGCAGUAGCGAGGGUGUAGGAGCGUCUGGCAUCACGGCGUUAGCCUUCCUCAACAACAGAAUCGUGGCGGCGCGUCUCAAUGGCUCUCUGGACUUCUUCAGCGUGGAUCUGCUUCAGUAUCGAGGGACCCCCGGCAGCGUCCCUAUGUCGCCCUGCUACAGCAGCGACGAUGCCAUCAGCUGCCAGCUGACGCGCUCGGUGCAGUGCGCCCACCAGAAGCCCAUCACGGUUCUGAAGGCCGCUGCCGGCAGGGUGGUCACCGGGAGCCACGACCAAACCGUGCGGAUUUAUCGACUGGAGGACUCGUGCUGCCUCUUCACGCUGCAGGGACACGCGGCAGGCAUCACCGCUGUCUACAUUGAUGAGACGAUGGUCCUGGCGAGCGGCGGGCAGGACGGCGCCAUCUGCCUGUGGGACGUGCUGACGGGCAACCGCGUCAGCCACGUUUACGGUCACCGCGGCGACGUCACCUCGCUGGUGUGCACGCCGCUUUGCAUCAUCAGCUCGGGUUUGGAUGACCUCAUUUGCGUGUGGGACAGGAGUACUGGUAUCAAACUAUACCGAAUACAGCAGGAGGCCGGCUGCGGUUCCAGUCUGGGGGUGAUUUCCGACUCGCUGCUCGUAACGGGCGGUCUGGGCUGCGUCUCUUUCUGGGACCUGAACUACGGAGACCUGAUCCAGACGGUCUACUUGGGCCCCAGUAGCGACGGUCAGGGUGUGAGGCAGCUCCUGGUCCUCAACAACGCCGCUAUCGUUUGCGACUUUGGCAGCGAGCUCAGUCUGGUCUUCGUGCCGUCGGUUCUGGAGAAACUAGACUGA